AUGGAAGAUAAAGAAGGAAAAUCCUCAGAAAAUUCUUAUUUUAUCAUACUGGCCGAGAAUGGCCUGGUUCUCGAUGAUCAGGGAGCUGUCUCACAACAGGUUCUGGUAUCUUCCCAAAAGAAAGGAUCUACUGGUUCAGAGAGGGAUGUACCAUCAGAAUUUACAAUCCCUAAAUCUGACAACGUGGAAAGAAGCAGUGAUAUAACCAAGCACCCUCAAUGUACUCUUAAACAAUCAUAUUUUCUACAGACAGGGCUAAAGAGGAACAUAUUCAGUUUGGCAGAGCAGGCACGUUUGCUAGAUAGAGACACCGACAAUAAGAUUUUUGGAAGCUACCUUUUCAAUAACAUUAAGGAGAAUGAUCACUGCUUCUUGAUGAAUAAAGUAGUAGUUUAUGUUAUGGAGAAUUUGCUGUUUGAUGGAUUCAUUCAAGACUAUGCUCACAUAGAAGAUGCUACUGCCUUCUUUGGAACUAUGGAGAGAGAUUUAGAGGGUUGUACCUCAGAAAAUGAAGAGCAAGUUAUUAAGAAUGUUGAGGCCAUGGAAAACAAAAUUAAAAUGCUAGGCGCAGAAGGAAAGACCAAAGCAAUUGGAGAACUGGAUUUACUAUUUGGCUACCUAAGAAAGUGUGCUUUUUAUAUGCAAAGACUCUGA